CUGCGAAAACUGUACGUAGAUCGUGAUCAGUCGAUCCAGGGUGACUCGGCGGAAAAUGGUCACACCUAGUGCAUGUACCGAUAGGCACCGGUGCACUUGCUGAACGAUUACAGGGGGUCGUUGUCGUUGAGAAGCGCACAAAGUCAUCUUCACCGCACUUUGCAAAGAUAAAGAGAGGUGACCAUCUGUGUUUAGUAACCCACUGUUGACGUUGCCACAACAUCCACACAACGCAGUCAUCAGCAGCAGCAACAACAUGGCAGAGCUAUGUGAACAUUUGAUCAGUUAACUAUACAUUCAGCGGUGUGCGUGCAGCCGGCUUCCCUGAAAACCAGAUCUGUUAGCCUGAUUAGAAAACAUAUUCAAUUAUUGUCGAGCUCCUGCAUCUAACAAAACAAUGGGUAAAGGCACAAUGGGCAGUUGCCAUGGGAAAGAUAUCCCUGCGAUGCAUGACAAAAAACCGCACGACCAACCCAGAGACGAAAAGCCCAAUGGGAAACUCCCCGUUGAAGAAGCGGCGAAACAGACAGAGUAUGAUGGAGAAAGGGCCGAUAUUGCACUCAUUGGCUUGGCCGUUAUGGGCCAGAACCUGAUUCUGAACAUGAACGAUCAUGGAUUUGUGGUCUGUGCCUUCAACCGCACCACAUCCAAAGUGACCGAUUUCCUGAACAAGGAGGCCAAGGGGACCAAGGUCGUCGGCGCGAUGUCGAUGGAGGAGAUGGUGUCCAAGCUUAAGAAGCCUCGCAGGGUCAUGAUGCUGGUCAAAGCUGGAUCGGCGGUCGAUGCUUUCAUCGACAAACUCGUUCCCCUCCUGGAGAAAGGUGACAUCAUUAUUGAUGGCGGCAACUCAGAAUACACAGACUCCAAUCGUCGUUGCGCAGCUCUAGCUGAGAAAGGUAUAUUGUUUGUGGGUAGUGGAGUGAGCGGUGGUGAGGAUGGGGCUAGGUACGGACCAUCCCUCAUGCCCGGCGGGGCAGAAGAGGCUUGGCCGCACAUUAAAGACAUUUUCCAGGGCAUCGCGGCCAAAGUGGGCGAUGAGCCGUGCUGUGAUUGGGUCGGGAGUGCCGGAGCCGGCCACUACGUCAAGAUGGUCCACAACGGCAUCGAGUACGGAGACAUGCAGCUGAUCUGCGAAGCCUACCACCUGAUGAAAGACUUGCUGGGAAUGUCCUGUGACGAAAUGUCGGCGGUGUUCUCAGAGUGGAACAAGUCCGAGCUGGACUCCUUCCUGAUUGAGAUAUCGGCAGAUAUCCUCAAAUUUAAGGACACCGACGGUUCACCACUUGUGGAGAAAAUACGCGACUCGGCUGGCCAGAAAGGCACAGGGAAGUGGACGGCCAUAUCAGCGCUGGACCAGGGCAUGCCUGUCACACUCAUUGGCGAGGCUGUGUUUGCACGCUGUCUGUCCUCCAUCAAGGACAUGCGCAUCGAAGCCAGCAAGGUCCUGCCCGGACCCGCGGCCACCAAAUUUGAGGGCGACAAGACUGAAAUGGUGGAGCACAUCCGCAAGGCACUGUAUGCCUCCAAGAUCGUGUCCUACGCCCAGGGUUUCAUGCUGCUACGUGAGGCAGCCAAACAAUACAGCUGGACCCUGAACUACGGCAGCAUUGCACUCAUGUGGCGUGGUGGCUGCAUCAUCCGCAGUCGUUUCCUUGGCAACAUCAAGGAGGCCUUCGACAAGAACAAAGAUCUGUCCAACCUGCUCCUGGACGACUUCUUCCGCGGCGAGAUCACCAAGUGCCAGGACUCUUGGCGCAAAGUGGUGGCCCAGGGGGCACUGAGCGGCAUCGCCACACCAGCGUUCAGCUCGGCCCUGGCGUUCUUUGACGGCUUCCGCUCUGAGCGCACGCCAGCUAACCUCAUCCAGGCCCAGCGUGACUACUUCGGUGCCCAUACUUACGAGCUUCUGUCGGCUCCCGGCAAAUUCGUGCACACCAACUGGACCGGCCAUGGCGGUAAUGUGUCAUCCAGCACAUACAAUGCUUAGGCUAACUGCGUCAUGCGUUUAGGUCCAAUUAAAAAAAAAUUCUGACUCAGAUAUUCCACUUUUUGUAUUUUCAAGAUUUUUAACAUCAAGAUUUUUUUGUAGUACUUGUUCGCAGAGAGUAUGAACAAAAGGGGUGAGCUUUGGUGCUUACAGUGAAAUACUAAAACAAAAAAAGUAAUAAUUGGUUGAAGGAGAACUGUGACGUAGGAAUGGUUGAUAGGUAGAAUAAAGGUAUGAUUUUUUUUACAGAGAAUAUUAGAGUCUUGUUUCUAAAAUCAAUGUCAAACUUUCCAUGGUAGUAAGGCUCAUCCUGAUUAUUCAAUUGUUUACAAAAGAAGAUACGCACUAACACAAUUUCAAAGCACAACAUUUGCUUUUUUAAUUAUCAGAUUUAGAUAUAUAACAGAUAUAUUGAAUAUGAUUCGUGUUUGAAACAAAACCUCCAAAAUCCUCCAUUGUGCGGGAAACCAAUGGUGCAUUUUGUAUGCUCCGUCAUUUAUAACUCCCAAAGGGCAUCAAGCCACACGGUAAAAGCUACUGGGCAGUACAUCUUUAAUCCCUUCUUUAAUCUUUAAUCACCUAAAUCCCUUCUGGAACCAAUAGCUUGCCUGCCAAAAUUGCCCCUAAAUAGGGGGAUGGAUUUUGAUGGAGUUGGGACGGUAAGUUAAUCCAACGAAAUCCUCCGAAAUCUGUUAGUGGAUUAUAAAGGAUUUUGGUGGGUUAGGAUUAGGGUUGAUAUACAUUGUAAUAUACUAUGAAACAUCCUUUAUACAUUUGUUGGUGCAAAGCUGCAUCUUAUUGCAGCCAUGUUGACCAGGUUCCCAGAGUGUAUAAUGUAUGAUUUACAGUGGAAUUGAUCAGCAAGUGCUUGGCACCAGACUAUUUCUUUUUGGUCACAUGCUGUCAAUUAAAAAGGUCAAAACAUAGACUUGCUUAAAAAAAACUUUUUCAAGUUAUAAAUCUGAAUUUUGGUUUAAGUGUUGAAAUAUAAACAACAUCUGGGUUUAAAGUAGAUUAUAAUAUUAUUUUAGUUGAGCAGUCCUUUUCCUUAGUCAAUGUGCAUUAAAAGAAAUUUGCUAUUUUUGUACAAGAAAGAAAUAUUUUACAUUUAAAGUACUAUAAUUAAACACGAUAAGGCUAUUGGGUUGCAAUAAUUUCUUGUAAGAACCUAUUAAAAGUUGAUUUACUAUCCUGAGUAAAGAUUUAGAAUUAAAGUAUUUGUGUGGCAUGUACAUGUAGCUGGUUUUCCCUGUACAUUCCCAAAAAAUUAUGCAGUUCUUAAUAGGUUUCAAAUGCUGAUUAACUCAACUCAAGAUGUAGGCUGAUGUGUUUCAUAUUUACAGUAUCAUUGAAAGCCCUUGAGGAAAAUGUCGCAGUAAAACAAAAUAUUCUAAAACUUUGAAUGUUUUGAAGAGGGUGUCAUUGUGAAUCAAUAUAUUCUAAUUACAGGACAAGUUGAAAAAAUUGAAAUAAAAAACGUUUCUUUCUGGUGAAUAUA